AGCCCAUCAUUAUGAAUGAAACAAAUAGCAGUGACUGGCAACCGACCCCCGAGGAGCGAGAUUUCUUUUAUAAAUUAUACUGUGUCUAUAUAUCUUCAGACAGUCUGAGUUUCAUACUAGGAAACAUCAUCAAUGUCUGGCUUCUGAUUGCCAUUUUGACUUCAUCGGAGAUGCGAUUAAUGCUGAGGAAUAAAAUUCUGGUUUUUGUAUGUAUCUGCAACGUUGUCGAGUCUUCAAUCCUGGCGCCUUUGGAGAUGUCCUUGAACUUAGAACUCGCGGAUUCUAGAAAUUGUAUUACCGUUGAGCUGAUGUUUCACCUGCAAAGUUUCCUCGACUUCUGCAGCAACUGGUACCUGGUUAUAAUAUUUAUCUUAUACAUCAUCCAGAUUAGAGACAUUGAUGUUUCCGUCUACGUGAAUCCGACAUUUCAUAAAAUUGGCCCUGUACUUCUCAUGGUAUCUCCUAUGAUCAUAGCUAUACUAACAGUUCCCGUGAUCAUGAAAGUUUACCACGACGAGUUCCUCAGACUUCACAAGAUAUCCUACACCUGCGUGUUUCCAACCUACAGCUCCUUGAUGAUUUUCAAAAUUCUCGACUCCGUUUUACCUAUUCUUACACUUAUCAUCCUCCUUGCCAUCGCGUUGUAUCUAAGACGUCAAAGAUUGCUGAUUGAGUCUUCUGGAGGUUCUAUGGAAGUGGGGCUGAUCAAACGUACAAGUCCACUAGAUAAUGUCUUGCCGUAUGUACUGGCGGUGGCAGUCACGUUUCUCUGCAACAUUUUGGACGUGACGAAAAGCCUUGGCGGCGAAAUUCUUAUCCCAAUUGACCUCAAAGUUUGGUAUAUCUUUGUAACAGUUAACCGAUUCCUCCUUGAGUCUCGAACCUACACUGUACCCUUGUCUUGGAUCUUCCUGAAAGACAUCGGAGAGAGGAUCAAAACUUGGCGACCUUGGUACCGACCCGGCCCCGGGAUAGACCUAACUGUCGUGUACUCCAAGGAAAGCGCUUAGUGUACAAGCAUGUUACCCAUUCCACAGUGAAACUACUUGUCUUCAGAUUUAACACAGAAAAUAUGGUUGCGAAUUGAUAUUCGCCCUGUAAGGAAC